AUCAGUUUGGUAAGUAUGGAUUUAUCUUACAAUAACCUAUCUGGUUCAAUCCCAAAGUCGUUGGAGGCACUUCAACACCUCGACUAUUUUAAUGUUUCUUUCAAUGCUCCAAGAGGAGAAAUUCCAACUGGUGGUCCUUUCGAAAACUUCACUACGGAUGCGGAAUUCCAAGGUUCAAUCUUUCACUUUGCUAUCAUAAUGUUUCGAAACACAUGUCAAGGUCGAGGAUGGAAAGGGCACGCUUACCUUUAUCUAUUCUUGUUGGAGUUGUUGCAUUUAUCUCGCUUAUCUCUUUGGUCUUCAUUUUCGUAAGAUACAGAAGAAAAAAUAAGGCAGUCAAUGGAACUGACGAGCUGGUUCCCACUGUACCUCUAGAAAGAAUUUCGUAUUACGAACUCCUACAAGCAACUCAAAAUUUCAGUGAAACGAAUUUACUCGGUGUAUGGAGUUUUGGUUCUGUGUACAAAGCCGUUCUAAGAGAUGGCAAGAUUGUGGCUGUCAAGGUCUUCAAUUCGCUAUCGGAAGCUUCUUCUAAGAGCUUCGAAGUCGAAUGCGAGGUACUACGAAACAUCCCCACAGAAAUCUCACCAAAGUCGUGAGCAGUUGCUCUAAUGAGGAUUUCAAGGCAUUGGUACUUGAAUACAUGCCGAAUGGAAACCUCGACAAAUGGUUAAAUUCACACAACUACUGCUUGGAUCUCAUGCAAAGAUUGAACAUAAUGAUCGAUGUUGCAUGAGCAUUGGAAUAUCUUCACCAUGGCUAUUCGACUCUCAUUGUUCAUUGCGAUUUGAAGCCAAGCAACGUGUUGUUAGAUGAAGAAAUGGUUGCCCAUGUGAGUGAUUUCGGGAUAGCAAAGUUGAUGGGCGAAGGUGAGAGCACUAUGCACACCAACGCCCUAGCAACAAUGGGUUACAUUGCACCAGAGUAUGGUGUGGAAGGGCUAGUUUCUACAAGGUGUGAUGUUUAUAGCUAUGGAGUGAUGGUGUUGGAAACCUUUACGAGAAAAAGGCCAAGCGAUGAAAUGUUCGGCGGGGAUUUAACCUUAAAGAAUUGGGUUCAAAGCUCACUUAAUAAUGAGUCAUCAACUGAGGUUAUAGAUGCCAAUUUAUUGAAUACGGAAAACGAACAAGGCUUUGAGAAAAACGUGCAAUGUGUGUCAUCAGUACUGGAGUUGGCUUUGAGGUGUUGUACGGAAUGUUCUGGUGAUAGAAUAAACAUGAAAGAAGCUCUAACAGAUUUGCAGAAGAUCAAAGUUCGAUAUUCCCGCCGAGGUUCGAUCUGAAACACAAGAUUCUGCCCAAGUACCACUGAUGCUGUUAAUUAUGUCCUGAUACAGCUCCUACAAUGUUAAUUAAGGAUUUAUCUACAAUAAACAGUGUAAUAAUGUAGGAAAGAAUAAUUUUGGAUGUUAAGCACUUGAUGCUUCGUUUGUUUGGUAGUAUAUAUUUCAAUUUGAAUAAGUUUUUGUUAUGCGAUAUGAUGCUGGUUUCUAGAUAACCAAUUGGUAAUUAAAAUUGAAUUUCACUUUAUUAAUCAAACAAACCUUAAAUUGAACUAAAAAUAAUUCACCUAUUAGUUCAGUCCAUCAAAACAAUUGAAACUUUAAAUGCCACAAAAUCUUUACAAAAAG